AUGGACGUUUUACAGAAAUUACUUUGGAUUACUUUUUCACUUUUUCAUAUGGCAUUUUGUGAUUUUGCUGCAGAAACACCAUGGCUAAAUCUUAGUAAGCCCGUUGAAGAUGAGUUCAUUCUCGCUCAAGUGAUAUAUCGGCAUGGCAAUCGAAGUCUGCUUUACACAUACGCGAACGAUCCAUAUAAAAACUACACUGGAAAUGGAAUUCUAACAGAAGCGGGAAAACAAAGACAGUUCAAGCUUGGAAAAUAUUUACGAAAAAGAUAUGAAAAAUAUAUUGGCGCUGAAUUCUCACCAGAAAAUGUGUAUAUUCGAAGUUCGGACACCAAUCGAACGAUUAAUUCAGCCCUUUGCAAUGCUGCGGGAAUGUUCGCACCGCCUGAACAACAGCGAUGGCAAAGUGAUUUAAAUUGGCCACCAAUUCCCAUUCACACAGUCCCACUGAAUGACGAUUAUUUGGUUUAUCAAGCAAUACCAUGCCCAAAAAGAGAUGAACAAAUUCAUGAUUAUAGCUCAAAUUCAUCUGAAGUUGACGCAUUAUUUAGAAAACACCGCAAAUUGCUUGAAUACAUGGAACAACAUUCGGGAAAGAAAAUCCAAACAAUACAAAAUGCUGGAAUCUUUUGGGACCCUCUGAGUAUUGAAGAAAAUUUGGGAUUGGCUUUACCAGAUUGGGCAAACAAUGUACUGAACUCAUCAAGAGAUUUAUUGGAAUAUUUUUCCGCGGCUAAUUUUCAAAUGAUCACACAUACGACUGAAAUGAAAAAAACCAUAGCCGGGUUCUUGAUACGAGACAUUUUCGAUCGAUUCAGAAAUAGAACAUUAUCAAGCACAGUAUCAUCACAUAUAAAAUUAUUUAUUUAUUCCGCACAUGACAACACAAUCAUUAACACACUAAAUGCUCUCAAUCUUUAUGAUAUGAGAAUUCCACCACCUGCAGCAAGCCUGCACUUUGAGAUGUAUCGGCGAGAAUUGGAAUAUUACAUACAAAUGUUUUAUAGAAAAAAUGAAUUUGAAGAUGUUCCACCGUUAGAGUUUCCAGGCUGUGGCAUAAAGUGUCCAUUAAACGACUUAUAUCAAAUAUAUGCUGCUAUUUUGCCAACCGAUUCAGAGGAUUACCAUUCAUUGUGUCGCUUGGAUUCUACGAUGGGUGUAGUUGUUUUGUGGAAAAUAAUUUGGAACGUAUUAUUUCUAUUAUCACAUGCCGGUGAUGCAUACGCAAAUAAGGAUGGCGAAUUAAUUUUUGCAAACACCGUCUGCAGACAUGGUGAUCGUAACAUAUUUCGACCCUACCCGACUGAUCCCUGGAGGGACGAAAAACAUUGGCCUGGUGGAUAUUCAGCCUUAACAUCCGUGGGAAAGCAACAACAUUAUAUACUAGGCCAAUAUUUGCGCAGACGAUAUGCAAGAUUGUUGGUAAAUGGUGAAUAUUCGCCGAAUCGUGUGUAUGUUCGUUCAACGGACACUGAUCGCACAAUUAUGAGCGGUGCUGCAAAUUUGGCGGGCUUUUUCCCACCAGUUGAUUAUCAAAUUUGGAAUGAAGAUAUUCAUUGGCAUCCCAUACCAAUACACACACAACCAACCGAUACAGAUUAUCUUUUGGCCACUACAAAACAAUGUGAUCGUUUUGACUACGAAAUGACCAUCUAUUUAAAUGAAAGCAACUACAAAGGACUAUUAGAACAACACAAAUUACUCAUUGAAUAUUUGGAGAGGAAUUCUGGAAUGGAACUAAACUCAAUUACAGCCAUUUUCUUAUUAUAUGAUGGUCUAUUUAUCGAACGAAUAAAUGGAAAACGUUUGCCAGAUUGGGCUCAAAAUGUUAUGACUCCCGGUGGGAACUUUGAGUUUUUAGCAAUGCUCUGGUAUCGAUUACAUUCGUCUACUAAUUAUCAGAAAAAAAUUAAGGCUGGCUACUUGCUGAAGGACAUUUUCGAUCGAUUUUCAGCGAAAAUUCACUCAACACUGUCACCAGAUCGUACUAUAUAUUUGUAUUUUGCGCACGAUAUUACGAUAACAAACGUUUUAAACAGUCUUGGACUUUAUAAUGUCUUGGAAGCGCCAACCUAUGCGGGAUGCCUCUUCUUUGAACUAUACAAAGUGAAAUCGGAAUGGGACCAUUAUGUUCAAAUUUACUACAAAAACUCUAUCGAUACAGAGAUUACAGCGUUACAUAUACCAAAAUGUGGCAUAAAAUGCCCAUUAGACAAAUUAUAUGCGUUAUAUGACGAUAUUUUACCAACGCAAAGUUUUACCAAAGAGUGCAAAUUAAGAGAUGGCGAAGUUCUACCACCGGGUGGAAACCCCGAAAGUUAUACGUUUUUGACUCCGUAAUUUUCUCUCUCUAAUUAAAACUGUUUUUUUUAUUCUCAUCUAACAUUUAUAAAAUUAAUAACAUCUUUUGCAUGACUAGUUUAAUAAAGAACGAACAAAAUUGAAA